CCAAGGAGUGAGAACUUAAAAGUUCCCAGCAAGACCCUCACAGGUCUCACAGAAGGACAAUCCCUGCACAUCCCAAGAAGGAAAACCCGCAGUAGUGGAAUCUGGAAAUAAGCAGGAGCUUCUAGGAGAGUAUACUGUGUUAGGAAAGUCCUUAGAAAGUAACAGUCUUUGAUAAAGUAGUUUUCUUCCCACAGGAAAUCAGAGGAGCAGAUAUGACCUUAAAUAAGUCCUCUUUUAGGAAAGGAACUGUACAUAGAGUGAGAGCAAAUUAAGCAAAUUAAUACUCAAGGUAAGUAGCAAUACACACGGUAACUGGAACAAGCAUGAAUGUCUUGGAUUGGGGAGUAACCAUCUGUACCCCCGUUAACAGAAAUAAGCAAUAGAUCAAAGGUUAAUGAGCACAGUCUUGGUGUAGACACAGGCAGGCUGCAGACAAGGGGUUAAUGAGCACAGUCUUGGCUGGAUGCAAGCAUGAAGUAAUGAGCACAGACUUGAUGUAGACACAGGUAUGGUGCAAGUAAAGAUUCAAUACACAGUCUUUGAUAUGGAUAUCAAGCAGGGGUGAAAUAACAGUCUUUGCAGCAACAACAAUGCAGUUGUAAAUAUAAGAUUAUUAUAACUCACGCAGGUAAAGAGGGAUUGCCAUGCGGACCGUUGCUAUGGAUGUUGCCGGGGAAGAAUUGUUGGUGAAGAGGAAACUGUUAGCAAUAGCCUGGAGACUGAAGCUGGACGUUGAUUACUGAAAUGAGGAGAAGGAAGCUGUGGUUGCUAAGGUAGAUCUGUCUAGCAACAGAUCAAGCAAAAGUUUGAAGAUGCCGGUUCAAGUGAGGUGCUGGAGCAGGCCAGGAACUGAUGAGGCAAGGCUGAGAAAAGGUAGAAGGACUGGGAACAGGAGACUGCAGGCAAGAUGAUUCUUGACAUGAAGAUCUUGGAGCAUGAGAGACACCAGCCUUACUUCCAGAUAGAAUUGCAGUCAACAGCCAUUGUCAGCAUGGAAAUGAGAUAGCAGAGCUGUCCCCGACUGCAGAUCAGAAUCAGACACUUCAAAGGCUACUACUACAUUCUAUUAGCAAGGGAGAAGGAAUUGAAGGCUCAACCACAAAUGGAGCAGCUGUGUCUUGGACCUCCUGCAUGGAAGAAAUCCCCUAUUCCACCCUUACGUUCAAACAAAUACCCAAUGGAUGACUCAGAGGUUCACUUGUGGAUGAAGCCAAGGACCUCUUUAGUCACAGCAAACUAUUUUGAAAGCAGGAGAAGAAUCUGCAAAUAAUUAUAUAUGUGGAAUGGAAGGACGGUUUAAAGCAGCAAGCACCAAUGGAAGCAGAGUUUUGUAAGAGGUGGAGAGAUGCAAGUCUUGCAUGUUACAAAGACAGUAGGCAGAGUUUGAAAAGAAAUACUGCAAGCAAUCCAAAGAAGGGACGGUUUUGGCAUCAUGUCAGAGGCAAAAAUGGAGAAGAGAAAGUCUUCAGUUCCAAGUCACACAGGGCGUAGUUCUCUCCCACCAAAUUUCUCUAAUGCAGAUGAAGAUGAGGUUCCCACAAUGGAAGCCUUCGGUGUCAUCCCAAGGGGUAUUAGCAUGAAAGAUUACCUAGAAGUCCAAAAUGUCCAUCUGUUCAAGCAGACCAAUGAAAAGAAUAAGCAGGAACAUCACACUGACAGAUAUUACAAUAGGAAACUCAUCAUACGACGUGGACAGACUUUUGACAUCCAGAUAGACUUUAACCGGCCUUACAAUCCAGAAAAGGACCAGUUUUGGAUAGAAUAUGUUAUAGGUCGUUAUCCGCAGCAGAGUAAAGGAACAUACAUACCAAUCCCCAUUGUUGAUAAACUGGAAGUAGGAAAAUGGGGAGCACAAAUUACUCGAAAUGAGUAUACAUCGGUUACUGUUACCAUAUUAUCAACACCGGAUUGCAUUGUUGGCAAGUUCCGCAUGUAUGUUGCUGUCCUUACUCCUUAUGGGAUUUUGCGCACCAUCAGAAAUGCUGAGACAGACACCUAUAUUCUCUUCAAUCCAUGGUGCAAAGAUGAUUCUGUUUAUAUGGACGAUGAGCAAGAAAUUGAAGAAUAUGUUAUGAAUGAUGUUGGAGUAAUUUUCCAUGGAGACGUGAACAACAUCAAGAAAAGAAGUUGGGAAUAUGGACAGUUUGAAGAGCAGAUUCUUGAUGCAUGCCUUUACCUAAUGGACAGAGCUCAACUGGAUCUCGCAGGACGUGGAAAUCCUAUUAAAAUUAGUCGUGUUGGAUCUGCAGUGAUAAAUUCGAAAGAUGAUGAUGGCGUUAUUGCUGGGAAUUGGAAAAAUGAUUAUUCUUUUGGAGUGUCCCCAUCUGCCUGGACAGGAAGUGUAGAUAUCCUGUUAGAAUACCACAGUUCAGGUCUUCCAGUGAAAUAUGGCCAGUGCUGGGUCUUUGCUGGUGUCUUCAAUACAUUUCUGCGAUGCCUGGGAAUACCUGCACGAAUUAUCACCAAUUAUUUCUCUGCUCAUGAUAAUGAUGCCAAUCUACGUACAGAUGUCUACCUCGACGAGGAUGGGAAAACAAACACUUCUCUCACAAAGGACUCCAUCUGGAAUUAUCAUUGCUGGAAUGAGGCUUGGAUGACUCGACCUGAUCUUCCUGUUGGCUUUGGAGGAUGGCAAGCUGUAGAUGCUACACCACAGGAAAACAGUGAUGGUAUGUUCCGAUGUGGGCCUGCAUCCGUUCAAGCCAUUAAGCAUGGUCAUGCCUGCUUCCAGUUUGACACACCGUUUAUUUUUAGUGAGGUAAACAGUGACAUUGUGUACUCUAGAGCAAUGAAAGAUGGAUCCAAAGUUAUUGAACAUGUUGACAAAGCAUACGUGGGACAAAAGAUAUUGACUAAACAAAUUGGCGGAGAUAGCCCCCAAGAUAUAACAGACCUAUAUAAGUUUUCUGAAGGGACAGAGGAGGAGAGGCUGGCUCUGGAGGCUGCCCUGAUGUAUGGAGUCAAAAAGGAAAUUAGAGAUGAGGAUCAGCAACAGUCUGCUCCAGACACAGAUAUGGACUUUCAUGCAGAUAAUGCAGUAUUUGGCAGUGACUUCAAAGUCACUUUAACUUUCAAGAACUGGAGCGCCAAUCUUUAUACAGUAUCUGCUUUUCUCACUGGACAUGUGGUCUUCUAUACCGGGGUCCUGAAGUCUGAGUUCCAGAACAAGAAUCUAAAAGUGACAUUGGAACCUUCAUCCUCUAAAUCCGUGGAAGUUCUAAUAAAAGCCCACGAGUACUUGAGCAAGCUUGUGGAACAGGCCUCCUUACAUUUUUUUGUCACGGCUCGUAUUAAUGAAUCAAAGAAGAUAAUGGCAAAACAGAAGAUUGUGAUUCUGAACGUUCCUGAGCUCCAUAUCAAGGUUAUUGGAGAGAAGAUGGUUGGUAGUGAAAUGAAUAUUCUGGUCGAGUUCACAAAUCCAUUAAAAAAGGCACUUCAAAAUGUUGCUUUGCGUCUUGGAGGACCUGGACUUAUGAGGACAAGAACUAAAGUUUUUGGGAAAAUUCCAAUGAAUUCAUCACUGACUUGGGAACAGAAAUGCAUACCACAACGAGCAGGCCUGAGGAAAUUAAUUGCUACGUUAGAUUGUGAGACAAUACGACAUGUUUAUGGAGAGCUAGAGCUUGAGAUCUUGGAUAAUCCACUGUGAAUUUGUAUUUGUAAUGCAAUAAGCAGACUUUGAAUAUAUGAAAUAUACUAUUAAUACUUAUACACAGUUUAUAUGCUUCUCUCCUCUAGCAGCAAAUAAAAAUGUCUCCUCUUCAGUGGAUCAUUAAUAUUGCUGUCUAACUGCUUUGUAAGGCUCUCACUUUGCGUUAAUUAAUGCAUUUCCUUUUUUUUUAAUGUUUCUUAUAAAACCAAACAAUCCUACUUAUGAUGUGCAUGCAUAAAGUAAUUAUACUCAAACUUUUUAAUUGAAGUAUUAAAUUGUACACCAGCUUUUUAACUGAACUGUUAAAUAAAGUAUAUUUGAUUAGAA